GUGCUCUUUCAGACCUCCUCUGCUGACUCCUACAACAUGCAGCUCACCUCAAAGACUAGACACAACAUUUUAGACCAGACCAAAAAUGUAUCGUUCCAUAGCAUGCUGUGCUGAGGUUAGAAAGAACUCUGGUGAUGUGAAGAAAACAAUGCAGACAUUUGUGAGGACUCUGUCCUUUUUUCAAGUUUUGAUAUGUGUGACAGUGAAGACCAAGGCUGAAAGCGUUUUUACUGGAACAGAAGGAGGCAGUGUGGAUAUCUCCUGUAAAUACCCUGAUGGAUAUCGAUAUACACCCAUGUACUUCUGUCGUCAUCCAUGCUAUUCUUCUGACGUCUUAAUUAAAUCUCAGAAGGUUGAUAAGGCCAUCUCUAGGGGAAGAUACACUGCACUAAACAUUCCAUCUGGACGGACUUUCUCUGUCACCAUCAGACACCUCAGAUUAAAGGACUCUGGAGUUUAUUACUGUGGAGUGGAUAAAUGGGGAUAUGACAUAUUGAUUAAAGUAAAGCUUAAUGUCACUAAAGAUGUAACAGUACCUCUGUCUACACAUGCUCCAGUGUCCAGGCAGAAUCAAAGAUCUGAAGUUGCAGAGUUUCCCUCUGCCACAACAGUCACAACAGCUACUGCAGUGGUUACAGCACUGCUUUUUCCUCCUGCUUAUUGUGAAGAACCAGAAGUGCUCUUUCAGACCUCCUCUGCUGACUCCUACAACAUGCAGCUCACCUCAAAGACUAGACACAACAUUUUAGACCAGACCAAAAAUGUAUCGUUCCAUAGCAUGCUGUGCUGAGGUUAGAAAGAACUCUGGUGAUGUGAAGAAAACAAUGCAGACAUUUGUGAGGACUCUGUCCUUUUUUCAAGUUUUGAUAAGUGUGACAGUGAAGACCAAGGCUGAAAGCGUUUUUACUGGAACAGAAGGAGGCAGUGUGGAUAUCUCCUGUAAAUACCCUGAUGGAUAUCGAUAUACACCCAUGUACUUCUGUCGUCAUCCAUGCUAUUCUUCUGACGUCUUAAUUAAAUCUCAGAAGGUUGAUAAGGCCAUCUCUAGGGGAAGAUACACUGCACUAAACACUCCAUCUGGACGGAGUUUUUCUGUCACCAUCAGACACCUCAGAUUAAAGGACUCUGGAGUUUAUUACUGUGGAGUGGAUAAAUGGGGAUAUGACAUAUUGAUUAAAGUAAAGCUUAAUGUCACUAAAGACAUAACAGUACCUGUGUCUACACAUGCUCCAGUGUCCAGGCAGAAUCAAAGGUCUGAAGUUGCAGAGUUUCCCUCUGCCACAACAGUCACAACAGCUACUGCAGAUUGUUUCACUUCAUAUGAACAAACUUCAUCCACAACUUCUGUAGACCCACACGGACAGCUGCUUGCUGUUGGCGGAGGAGUGCUGGGCCUUCUGCUGUGCUGUGUUCUUGUAACUCUUGUGAUUCUCUACAGGAAAACAUCUACAAACCUCACAUCUUUGAAAGCACCUGCUUCUGAAAUCCAAAUUUCACAAGCACCACCUGAUCAGGAGGACAUUUGUCAUGUGUAUGAUGAGAUUUUGGCUGUGUAUAGUUUAGGUGGUCCAGCUACAGGAGAUGAAUCUUCAGCCACUUACAGCACCAUUCAGCUCCCUGCUUCAGCAGAUAAUGAUUGCAGUCCAUACUCUCUUGUUGCUCCUCACUGAAAAGUUACAGCACCUUAUAUAUGUAUGGUGCAUAAUACACAAAGGUAAAAUCUGCAUUUCAGGAAAAUAAGCACUCUUUUAGGGACACAAAUUUUCUUUCCUUUAAGCUGAUGACUGUUUUAUUUACACUCAUAUAUUCCUUAAACAACAAACAAGACUUGACCUGACAUGAUUUGUUAGAUGCACAUUAAGAUAAGACUGAACUUCCUGUGACAAAUUAACGCACGGUCUUCUACACAGGACUUCCGGUGUGAUGCAUGGCAUAUACAGUAUUACCAUCCUGCAUGCAUGUAAUGCUUCCUUUGAUUCUUAAUGUCUGAGUAAAUGUUCAAUGAUUGCACCUACAAAAAGUGGCUAAACUGUGAAAUGCUCCAGUGUAAAAUGGUAAAUUCAGUGUGGUUGACACUUUGUACAUUCUGACACGAUGUAGGUGUCUAACACAUGAAAGGCUUCAUAAAACGUAACAAUCUCAGUAUAUUACUCUCUAUGUCUGACAUGGGUUUAACACAAAGCUAAUAAAAUCAGUUAUAUGUAACAUGAAUAUCUACUUAUAUGACAUUAUCAAAUCGUUUAAGACAUACGAACAGUUAAUUAUAUAGAUAUAUCUUCUUUAAAAUAAAGGUUCAAAAUGGAAUAAGUUCUGUACUCAUGUAGUCAUAAGUUCUCCCAGACAUUUACGCUAUUAUUUAAAUGUACAGGAUAAUUCAUGCAUAUAAUAGGACUACAUUGGAUGGACUAUGGUGAUGAAGGAUGAAGGUAGAACCUAUGCACACAUACAAAGAGAGCAAGAGAGAAAGAGAGAGAGAGACAUGGGGGGUCUGAUGUUUCCUUCUCCUUCACUACACCUGUUUCCUCAGCUAUAUUUGAACAAAGAGUAGUCAGGAACUGUUUCUGGGAAUUCCUGAGGUCUAGUUUGGGUCAAACCCUAAUACUGUCUUCUGAAGAGGAACCUGAAUUUGUAAUAUCCAAUUUAUGACAGUAUGUAUAGAGGUCAUAGAAGGGGGACAGUGUAACUGAAUACCCAAGGCUCAUGAGUGGAAUAAGGGGCCCUAAAUAGUUAAAUAGUAUUUGGGAAGAGGAAAUGGGAAGAGGGCUUGUAAGAGUAUAAAACUAUGUCCCAUUCUCUGAUUUUAUAGAUUGUUGCUCCAGUUGUACCAAAUUGUACACAAGGCUCUUCAAGUCAUUCCACAAGUUUGUGAUCAGGGCUCUGACUUGGCCAUUGCAGAACACUUAUCUUCUGUCACCAUUUCAUUUACUGCCUUGGAUUUGUACUUUGGGUAUAAUCUGAUAGUUUACAAUUUAAGAAGUUUAAAUAAAAAUCCAUGCCAGUCAAACUGUUCCUAUUCAUUUAUCCAUACAACAUCAAAUCUUCAGUUAUCUAUGAUUUUACGAUUAUAAUAGAUGUUGAAAUUAUGCAACAGUAAAUCCAUAUAAGCAGAAUCAUGGUUUAAAAGAAGCAAUAUUUAAAAAAAAAAAUCUGGUGGUGGUGUCCUAUAUUUUUCCUAGCCAGGAG